CCGCGGCAGUUCAACGCUCAGGCAGUGCGCAAACGCACAGCCUUUAAGGCAGUUACACCGCGCGGUUGUCUUGCAUUUGUUCAAACAGUAACCCCGACGCGAUUAACUGGCACACAGUUGUUUCGAACAAAUAAACGGACUAAGUGAACAGUGUUUGUUUUGUAUUAAAAAGAACUGCUGGAGCGCUGUGCUGUUCUAUUUUAUAGUUAAAAAUAUCAUGUGACGAAGUAGUUUCCAUGUGUAGUUCACGCUGCGGAGUGAGGUGAUGGACUAGUGACUUCAAAAUGCAUACAAUGGACACUUUAGGCUACGGCCAUAAGAAAUAUCGGCCCCCCAUCUCUCCCACCAGUUUCUACCACCAUGACUACUACUCCAGGCAUACCACCCUUCGGCCACAGAGUGAAUACCGGUUCGCGGGCGGGGGCUACACGCGCGCGCCGAGCAGCGGGCGCAGUAGCGGGCUGUGCUCCGCGGCGCUGGUGGGCGGAGCCCUGCUGGCGGCGGUCGCUGUGCUGGCUGUGGCUGCGCUAGCGUUCUACAUGGGAGCGCUGCGGCCAGACAACGGUGAACCUAUCAUGACGUUUGAGGGCACGUUCCGAGUGACGCGCGGGGACGUGUACGGGGGCGCGCCGGGGAGCCCUGCGUGGCGCGAGCGCGCACGGCGCUACGGAGCGGCGCUGAGACAGGCCUUCGCCGCCGCCUCACCUCUGCGACACGCCUUCGCGGGCGCUCUUGUCACCGGCUUCGGAGACCGACGACUAGAUGUUAAUUUCAAAUUGUAUUUAGAUAGACGAAAAAUUCCUAGUUCCGUAACCAAUAUAGAAGAAACGUUAAAAAAUAUAAUAAUACAAGACAUGUUAUCAAAACAUCCGGCAUUCGGACAAAUUAAGAUAGACACGACAAGUAUUGUGAUAAAACGAGAUUUAGAACAUACAUAUCACUCAGAACAAUAUGUAAGAGAAGCUUUAAAUGAAAGUAUGGCACUUAAUAACGUGAAGACUUCUACAUCUCAAAAUGCAAAGGAUAAAACUUUAGAAAGUAGAAUAGGCGUUGUUCGCAAAACUACAGUAAAACCAAAUAGACCUAUGAAAAAAGAUGAUUCAGAUGAACCUGAUAUUGACACAGAUAAUAUACCAGUAUUACAAGGAUCUUUCCAAAUAACUAAAACAGAGGCAGAUAUAACAGAAAAUAAACAUAGUUCAAACCCGACUCGGAUUGACGAUAAAAUUAAUCAUAAACAAACUUCUACUGUUAGAACUACAACUACUAAAUCUCCCACGACAAAAUUAACUACUAUAAAGACUGUUACUACUAGAAAAAUUGCUGCAACUACGCCGAAAAGUCGACCACUUACUAUUAAAUCUGUUUUAAAUAUUAAACCAAAGACUGACGUAAACACUAAUAAAGAUAGAGGAAUAAGUACUCGGAAAACUAUAAUUUCAACCCCCACAACAGCUAGAACAACUUCAACAACGAAGUUUACGACUACUUCAACUACAACUAUAGGUACAACAACAAAUAACGUAUCUCAAAUUCUAUUCGAUCUACUGACUAAUGAAAACCACGAUAAAGACUUGCCAAAAAUCGACAGCCUGUUUACAGUUCCCCACGUAUUGGAUAAUGAGCCAUGGAGGCCUAUAACGAGGCCAUAUUAUGAAACCACAAGUAGACAACCGGCGUUAGUUGAUGAACAAAAACUUGAACAAGGUGCAGAAGAUAGAAUAGGUGUGGCUGAAGUUGUUGAAGAUAUAUCCUUAUUAGAAAGUAUGCUUAGCUCCCAACCACCACCAAAGAUUAGUGAGAAAACAACACGGCGGCCUAUAGGACUUUAUAAUAUAGACCCUCAUUUGGCUGCUGAUGUAUACGUCCCAAGUCCAGUAUAUACAAGCUUUACACUUCCUACUUAUGCACCACCUGUAAAGAAUAUGGAAACUUUAGGGUCUAGUUACCCAAAACCACAUCCAUUACCUGUUGAUAAAAUAAGUGGUGUAGUAGAAGUCAUACCAGAAACAAUUUCUGAUACUGAUGACAACGAUGGUAAACCUUUCGAAAGGCCUCCAAAAGAUAAGCAAACAUCAGUAACGAUAAAUGUUCUUCAAUUUGAUCAACUCGACAAUAAUACGGAACAAGUAUCUAUAGAAGGAGCUUCAAUAGUUAAGAAACAAAAUACGUCUUCUAUAAAUAAACUAUCACAAAUAAGCACCACAACUGAAAGUGAAAAAAUUAGUACAACUUCAAACAUUUCAAUGAUAGAAAUUUCUACCAAAGCACCAGCUAAAAAUAGCACAGUUGAACACAAGAAAGAAAAUACUACAAAACGCCCAAACAAUAAGGUUUCAAUUAUACCACCGACUGGUCUGCCACAUCACUCUUGGGAACUAGUCAAUACUUCAACGACUAAUAAUGGUACUUUGAAUAAAAUUUCUCCGCAGAAGUACUAUAACGAUACUUUGCAAGCUAUCAUCACAAGAAAUGAUGCAACUCCAAACACAACUCCGAAAUUUCCUAGUAAGGUUUCAAUACUAAGAAAUUUAACUGAUAUAAUUAAGCGAUAUUCACAAAAUACACCAGAAAAACAGACUGAAGUAUCCACAGUAAGAACGACAUUAAAACCAAAUGUAACAUUAGAGAAUACAGAAGAUGAGUUUCGACAAACGCGCAAUGAAAUGACUGGAUCAGUUGAAGUAGUUUCUGAUGAAGAAAUAGAUAUUACUACAUCCAAAAUAAUAACAUUAAUGCCAGCAAAGUCCAAUUUAGGAGUAAAUAGACCACUUCGACCCAGACCAAAAAUUGAGUCACAUACAAACAAGGAAAAUAAAAGAAGUUUUAUAAGUAGUAAAGUAGACUCUGAAAAGAUUCAUUCAAAUGAAAAUAUUGAUGAAGUUAUACAUAGUUUAACUGAAAAUGUUCCAGAGGCUUCAGAAGUUGUAACGACUGCAACACACAUUAAUAAUGAUAGAGUUAACGAUCAUAGACCAUCGAAUCUUGCUGAUUACUUAAAAUCCCCAUACAGUGCGGAAGAAAUUACGGUGUAUGUCCCAUCAAGUGGGAAUAGGCUACCUAAGUCAAAUGAGAAUUAUUCCUCUGGUGACAGUAACAUUAAUAAGAUAUCAAAUAAAUCAAAUAUUCCAGAAGGCACUUAUAGAGUAUCUUACCACGUCACUGGAAGCGUGAGUAGUAAACAAGCGGAUAAAACGAAAAAUUUACCUACAUAUAAGUUAGCAUUGGAGCCUGACGUUAUAUUAGAAAUACCUGCAAAUCAAUCAACUACGUUAACUGUAGAUAAAUUAAAACAACUUGCUAGUCUUGCUACUAUCUCUGAUUAUAGUAACAACAGCUAUGAACCAUUUCGAGCCCCUGGUGGCGUGAUUUCAACGAAAGCAAUUCCAUCUAGUUACACUUUGAACCAAGCAGGAUUUAAAAUAUUAACUAAAACAUUCAAUAAAGCACAAUCAUCGAAACAAGAGGAAAACAUUUUUGACGUUCCAGAAAAAACAUAUAGUAAAUCAGAAACGAAUAAGUAUACGAAAACAAAGAAAGAAAAAGAAAUUGCCAAAGAAACAAAUAAGAUAAUCGAUGACUGUAACAACUCCACAUCAUUUUUAUGCGCUAGUGGUGCGUGUAUUCCUGUGACGUCACGUUGUAACAAACUGCUCGACUGUCCGGGAGGUGACGAUGAGCACGCAUGUUCGUGCGCGGAUUACCUACGCGCCGAGUUCUCACAGUCCAAAAUCUGUGAUGGUUUUGUAGACUGUUGGGACUAUUCUGAUGAAAAUAAAUGUGAAUGGUGUGGCGAAGGUCAGUUUGUAUGUGCGAACGCGAGACAAUGCGUGGAAAUGAGCAAAGUCUGCGACGGGACUCCAGACUGCCCUCUAGGGGAUGACGAAAAAAGUUGUGUCGCUCUGGGAGAUAACAUAGAAGACAACGAAGUAAUCCCUUAUAACGAGGAAGGUUUCGUCAUGGUGAGAAAGCGCGGUGUAUGGGGCAGGUUGUGUGUGGAAAGCUUCAAUGACGUGGUGGAGCAAGCGCACAGCACUCUCAAGUUACCUGAUUUAGGGAGAGCCGUGUGUAGAGCUAUGACUUUCCAAGAUUCGCCAUGGGUGCGAGAGGCGCGAGAAGGUCGGAAAGUGAGUUCGGUGGGCUACUGGGAAGUGUCGCAUAACGCCCACGCGCGCGCGGCGGACACGCGGCUGACGUUCCGCCGCUCGUCGUGCGCACGACAUCGUGCUCUGAGGAUUCGCUGCAGAGACUUGGACUGUGGUAUACGACCCCAUGCUGAUGCACAGCAGCCUAGGGCAGUAACUCACGUGCGCGUGCGGUGGGGCAGGGUGGUGGGCGGCGGCGGCGCGGCGGCGGGCGCGUGGCCGUGGCAGGCGGCGCUGUACCGAGACGGCGACUUCCAGUGCGGCGCCACGCUCGUCGCAGCACAGUGGCUGCUGUCCGCCAGUCACUGCUUCUAUGAAGCUACAGAGGCUCACUGGGUGGCUCGGCUCGGGGCGCUACGUCGCGGCGCGUGGCCGCGCGGGCCAUGGGAGCGAAUCACACGCGUACGGCAGAUAGUGCUGCACCCGCGGUACGCGCCUCGUGGCUUCCGGAACGACAUAGCGUUGCUGCGCGUGGAGGCUCUGCCGCUACACGCUCGCCUGCGGCCGGCCUGCCUGCCGCCACCGCGCGCGCAACCGCCUGCUGGUCACCACUGCACUGUUGUUGGUUGGGGACAACUGUAUGAGCAUGAACGAGUAUUCCCGGACACAUUGCAAGAGGUGGAGCUGCCCGUAAUCUCGACGGCGGAGUGCCGGCGGCGCACGCGGCUCCUGCCGCUGUACCGCGUCACCGAUGACAUGUUCUGCGCGGGCUACGAGCGCGGAGGCCGCGACGCCUGCCUGGGAGACUCCGGUGGACCGCUCAUGUGUCAAGAAGCAGACAAAUGGUACAUCUACGGCGUCACCAGCAAUGGUUACGGCUGUGCACGAGCCAACCGACCCGGCGUUUAUACCAAAGUGUCGCACUACAUCGACUGGAUUGACAGCGUGAUGGAUACCUUCACUCCCAAGCACAAUGAAACCUCGCCCUCCUCUGAUGAGGAAUCCAACGAAGACUUUUAUACGGAUUUAGAGGCAGCUGAGAACAAGAGAGUACACAAACCAUACGACACGUGUAGAGGCUUUAGAUGUCCCCUCGGUGAAUGCUUACCCGCUUCUAGUAUCUGCAACGGUUUUCUAGAAUGUUCAGACGGUAGUGACGAGUGGAAUUGCAAUAGACUUGUUUCAAAUUCGAGUAAAAUCAACCAGGACUGACUCUAAAGUAUAA